GCGGCGGCGCUGCUCCCGCGUCACAGCGCCGGGCGCGGCGGGGAGAUGCGGCUCCUGGCGCUGGCGGCGGCCGUGCUGCUGGCGCGGGCUCCGGCCCCGGAGGUCUGUGGGGCCCUCAAUGUCACCGUGUCCCCGGGGCCUGUGGUUGACUACCUGGAGGGGGAAAAUGCUACUCUUCUCUGCCACGUCUCCCAGAAGAGGCGGAAGGACAGCUUGCUGGCCGUGCGCUGGUUCUUCGCGCGCCCGGACUCCCAGGAGGCCCUGAUGGUUAAGAUGACCAAGCUCCGGGUGGUGCAGUACUAUGGGAAUUUCAGCCGCAGCGCCUACCGUCAGAGGCUGCGCCUCCUUGAGGAGCGGCGCGGGGUGCUCUACACCCUCUCUGUCUUGACCCUCCGGCCAGCCGAUCAAGGGCAUUACGUCUGCAAAGUCCAGGAAAUCAGCAAGCACAGGAAUAAGUGGACAGCUUGGUCCAACGGCUCCUCGGCGACAGAAAUGAGAGUGAUUUCCCUGAAAGCGUCUGAAGAUUCAUCGUUUGAGAAAAAGAAAGAGACCUGGGCAUUUUUUGAAGACCUCUACGUGUACGCUGUGCUCGUGUGCUGUGUGGGGAUUCUCAGCGUUCUGCUCUUCACUCUGACCAUCAUCUGGCAGUCUGUGUUUAGCAAGAGGAAAUCCAGAGUGAGACACUAUUUGGUGAAAUGCCCUCAGAACAGCUCAGGGGAGACUGUCACCAGCGUGACCAGCUUGGUCCCACUGCAGCCCAAGAAGGGCAAGAAGCGGAAGGAAAAAGCUGACGUUCCUCCCGCAGUCCCUGCCAAAGCUCCCAUCGCUGCCCCGUUCCAUAAACCGAAGCUGCUGAAGCCACAAAGGAAAGUCGCCCUGCCAAAGAUUGCCGAAGAGAACUUGACCUAUGCUGAGCUGGAGCUGAUCAAGCCCCACCAGGCUGCCAAAGGCAUUCCCACCAGCACCGUCUAUGCCCAGAUCCUCUUUGAGGAGAACAAACUGUAACUGUGCAUCAUAUUUAAUAUCCGCCACCCCAGUUAUUUAUGAAACCUUGGAUACAAAGUCCUUAUUUUUGUAUUUUCACUUGUGCCUUCUGUGUGGUGGGAGCCCCAUUCCAACGGCAUCCCAGGUGCCUUCGGAGAGGUACAAGGCUCCUCUCUGCAAAAGAGCAGGGGCUGCAGCCCUUGGACAAAUCUCCCAGAACAAGAUUUUCUGGGUCUGAGUCCUGAGCAGUGAGGGCUCUUGAUUCUGAGACCAUCCAAGGAGAUUUUCUGCUGAGCCAAACCCCUUCAUGUUUCUUCUUGUUUCUCUGGGUUUUAUAAUUUUUAAUCUGAAUUUUAAUCUUCUACCCUUCCUGUAUCUGUGAUAUCAAGCUCAUAGUAUAUAGCUAGAGGAAAUGCCAUUAUAGGCCCAAGUGUGAGAUGGUAGAUAUGUACUAAUUGGUUUUCAAAGGAUCAGAUAACAUUGCCAGGGCACCCAGAGCGGUGCAAAGUGCUUAUUGCAAGCGGUCACUCAAGAUAGCAUCUCUUGUGUUAAAUAGAUGCACUGACUCUGGUGAUUCAAGGGCAGAGAGACAGACUGUGAGACAGUCUGACAUCUAAGCUGACAGUGAACUAUCUGGAUACCCCAGUGCCCGUUUCUCUACCCACUAUCACCCACGGCCACUGGACAAGUAGAACAUCUUUCAUUCUGAAGGGCUUCCACCCCUUUGGCAGGGGGGCUUAUCCUGGUAUAGAGACUUAUAUUCUCCAAGAAGUUCUCACUCAUCCUUUUCCAAAGGAGCCGGGCGUUUGCCAUCGAUUGACAGAUGGAAGAAGGGGACCUCUUGGAAGUGUGCCGAGGUUACCAACUCUAAUUGAAUGUCCACUCGUGUGAGAGCAUAGUCUUUUGCCUGGUUCCCCAAUGGUAGGAGAGUAGGAAGUAUAAGCAGGGCUGGAAAACUGUGUCCUGAACACGCUUCUGUUAUACAGUGCCUUGCCCGACUCAACUUUGCAUGUGAAUUCUAAUUAGCUUGGCUGGGAGGCAGUGAUGCAUACGGCAGAUAGAUCCAUGGGAAGUGGCUCUGUGGGCCUGUAUGACAUCCAGGAUCUCACUGAAGGCGGAUCCGUUCCAGUACAGAGUCAUCCUAUCAGCUGUGUUGUUAAGGACACACUUCUUGAUGUGUGAGUGUGGUCUGGGUGGAUUUUUAGUGCACACUACGGAAGUUGUUUGGCUUUGUAAUGGACCAUGGAUAUAUGGUAAAUUAUAUAUUUUAAACACAA